UACAAAACUUAAAGUGAAUAGAAUCAGGCAGAGGAAAAGCUGGUGCAAUAUCAGAUUGGAUCAGGAGAGUGUGAAAGGCCAGACAAAGAAACUACAGCCAUGUCUUCAGGAAUAGUCAUAUGUUUAAUGGUCGUGGUUAUCGCCCUUAAUUCAAUUGUUGCUCUAGCAGGACUGGCAUUAAUGGCACUGGCCAUUUGGGUAGUCGUUGAUCAGUAUGGACUCUACCCAAUAUCUAGUGUGUCGGGGAAGGAUGACAUUUUUGCUGCAGCCUGGAUUGCCAUUUUUACAGGGUUUGCCUUCUUCCUCACAUCCAUCUUUGGCAUCUUUGCUGCCCUAAAGAAGAGUCGUGCACUCAUGCUGGCGUACCUUAUUUUAAUGUUCAUCAUCUUUCUCUUUGAAAGUGCAUCCGCCAUUACAGCAGCCACCAACCGAGAUUAUCUGGUUGGAAACAGUAACCUUGUGAAGAAACAGAUGCUGCGUUAUUAUGGGGAUGGCAGUACUAAGCAAGGAAAGCAGAUUACAUUAACAUGGAACAGAGUGAUGCAAGAGGUUGAGUGCUGUGGGACAGACAGCCCGUUGGACUGGAUCGAGUUUAAUUCUACCUUCAGACAGACUUUUGGCACGACCUAUGCCUGGCCCCUCAACUGCUGCAAGAGACUGAGCAACUUUGAGGUGCAAGAUCCAGAAAGUUGCAAGAUUGGCGUAAGCAGCAACAUGUUCAAACAGGGUUGCUUCAAGCAUAUUGAAUCUGUUUUAAGUGGUUACACCUGGGCCGUGAGCUGGUAUGGAUUUGCCGUUCUCAUGUUGGUGUUUUUCACGCUGCUGUUCGCCAUGAUCUACUACGUACUACUGGAAUAAAUGUAUGGAAUCUGUCUGCAAGCCACACAGCUGCUUUUCCUCUGGGUCUGUGAUAACAAAAUAAAUGGACACUUUUAGAUUGCACUACAUUGACAUCAUUAAUGCAUGUGUAGAUGGCAUGAUGUGUUAAGCAGUGACAGUCAUGCUAUAAUUCAUCUAAAACUAUUUUAAACAGCAUUUUCUAAUUCUAGCAUACAUGCAAUUGUAUGAUCUCAUGUUAAUUAAGAGACAGUGUGGAAUAUAUGUACAUUUAAAAAUGAAUGUCACACCAUUAAGACUAUAUUUAAGUGGAACUCCAAAACAAGCUAAGUGAUUAAAAAUGGUGAAAUGCUUAACUGGUGACCUGUCACAGCAACUAUAAUCUACACUUUCCCUUAAGUCUAGACACACUCACUUAUUCUUUAUUGUUAAUAUUUUCCACAUUUUAGAAAAUAGUAAAGCCAUUAAAACUAUCAAAUAACUCAAAGUAUGGGAAUCAUGUAGUGAAAUAAAAUUAUUGGUAUCAAUCAAAUAGUGUAUUUUAUUACACUCCAGACUAACCCAUUGCUUGCAAAAUAAGUAAUAUAUAUACAUAUAAAUAUCAUGUAGAUCCCCCUCGUGCUGCCAAAACAGCACCAACCCGCAUCUCAGAAUAGCAUUCUGAGACGAUAUUCUUCUCACCACAAUUGUACAGAGUGGUUAUCUGAGUUACCGUAGACUUUGUCAGUUCUAACCAGUCUAGCCAUUCUCUGUUGACAUCUCUUUAUUUAACAAGGCAUUUCUGUCCACAGAACUGCCGCUCACUGGAUGUUCUUUGUUUUUGGCACCAUUUGGAGUAAAUUGUAUAGACUAUUGUGCAUGAAAAUCCCAGGAGAUCAGCAGUUACAGAAAUACUCGAACCAACCCAUCUGGCACGAACAAGAAUGGCCGUACUGGUUUGAACUGGCAAAGUCUACGGUAACUAAUAUAAUAUAUAUAACUAAUGUAAACUAAUAUAAAUUCUGCCCAUGUAUAUAUUUCUUUAC